AUGUCCGAAAUAUCUGUUGACGGCCAAGAGUCGAAGGCAGUUCCAUGGUACCACGACCAACUUCCGCAAUACUGUUCAAAUCAGCCAAGCCAAGAUCUGCUCGCCUCUAUCAUUGAGACCGAGCAUACUCGCCGGAUUUUAGAUCAACGGAUAGAAGAUAUUUUUGAAGAGACCGAAGACUUGAUUGAGAGGGCGCCAACCGAUGAAUCAAGCCGGCUUGCAUCUGCAAAAUGGUUGCAAAAAAGCGGUCAAAAAUUCAAAGACAUUGGACAGAUGAUGAUCGAAUCAGCAGUUAUUCAUGAAAAAUGGGCUGGUGAAAAUGGUGGCAUCUAUAUCGCCUUAUCAAAACUCACUGAGAGUGAGUUCAACCAGACUUACUCUUCUCUGAAGCGAUGCGCGAACCAGCAGUCACUAUAUGCCCCAGUAGAAGAUCAUCAAGGCGGCAGCCAAUGCUAUAACAGAGAUUCUGGCAACAAGUUCCAAAGCGCUCCGUUGACUAAGUAUGGAAAAGGAGCUGGAGAUUAUACCCACGACUCUAUAUGCUCUUGUGCCCGGGUCUCCCACCUUUCGACAACGGCGGAUCACAUCAAUGAAAAAUUUGACAAAAGCCGUCUCCCUCAUGAUAAGGCCGAUAUACCAACACGGACUGAUCGGACGGGAGCAAAGUCCCCUAAGAGCUUUUGGAAGAGAAUCCUGAAGCAUUAA